UCCCCGGCCGUGUUGUGAUAAGCCGCCGCGUGAAUCCAUCAAAGGCAUCCGAACAUCCCACUGGAUCACCGAGUAAAGGAGGAGUAAGGGUGGGCUCGAAGCCCCCCCCCGUCCCCCCGCCUUCCCCUCUCGCUCUCUCUGUCGCACUACCUGAGCUCGUCCAGUGCGGUUGCUCCACAUCCUCCAAGCGGACCUCCGCGGCGGCACACACGACGCCGCAGAGCCGAGCGAGGCUUGGGCUCGACGGCUACGAGCAGCGGCGCCUCCCCCGCCUCUUUCCCCGGAGACCCGGCGUUGGCGUUUUGAGAUUUUCCCUCCCCCCCCCCCCCCCCCCCCGCUUUUUUUUGUUCUUGUCGUUUAUCGAGGCGGACAACGUUAAAAAAAACCCAGCGGGCUUUCUUCGGUCAUCCCGUCCGCUCCCAACCGCUCGGCCGCGGCGUGCUGACGCCGGGAGAAGCGGGGCGAAGAGCGGCUCGUUGAGGAGGAGUAGUCAGCCGCCCCCCCCCGCCCCUUUUUCUGAGCUCGGAUUGUACAGCUGCAUUCAUGUCGUCGUCAAGGGAUUUUUCACCGAUCAGGCUUUUGUGAUUGACAGCCGUGCGCGUGCGCGCAUCAUGCAUCUGCACACAACGUUGUCCACGUCUCCUCUGCUUGCAUUUUAUUAGAGGAGGGGGGGAAAAAACCAAACGACAAGCCGAGAGCGAAGCAUGCACCGGAGACGCUGCAGCCCGUCACUAAAGAGAGCCCGGGGCGGCGGACUUGUGUUGCCAGCUCAUUGCUAAAAAAGCUCAAGUGUUGCCUGGAAGCCAGGCCUUGUGCACUGCCAACCAGCUGUGUGGGGAGAACCCCCCCCCCCCCCACCCAUCUGAAAACUGCCGAACAGAAGAAGGGGAAGCAGUCGUGGUCCCAGAUGGUGUUCCGAAAGUUGCCCGGCGUCUCGGCGUCGGGCAUGGGCCUUCGUCUGUCCCAAAAGUUUGUCUUCUUGCUCUUCCUGUCGGGCCUCGUCACGCUUUGCUUCGGGGCGCUCUUCUUCCUGCCAGACUCGGUGAGGCUCAAGCGCAUCUUCCUGAACAAGAGCGAGAGCCAGCCGGCCACCGCGGCGGGUUCGGGUGCGGCGGAAAACGAUGCCGACGAGCGGCCCAAGAAAUCCCGGGACUCGGAGCGCCCGCGAGGGCUGACCUCCACCAAGGGGGAGAGCGGAGUCGCGGCGGCGGCCGGCGGCACCGGCGGAGCGGGAGCCGGCCUGGCCAGGCUCAAAGGACUCGCUCGAAAGACGCCGCCGUCCUACGAGGCUCCCGAGGAACGUCCGGCCGGCGGGACUGCGCGGGAGGAUCCGCCUUUGGCGUCGGAGAAAGCUUCCUCGCCCGAGUCGGCUGCCGCCUUUGCCUACGAGAAGUUCCGGAGGUGUCUGCUGAAGCCGCCCCUCGGGAGGGACGGCGGCAAGCCUGCGGAUCUCAAGACCGAGAAGCGGCGCGACCAAGUCAAAGAGAUGAUGAAGUUUGCCUGGGACAACUACAAGCGGUACGCCUGGGGCAAGAAUGAGCUUCGGCCUUUAACUAAGAACGGCCAUGUUGGCAACAUGUUUGGUGGCCUGAGAGGAGCGUCCAUCAUCGACUCGCUGGACACGCUCUACAUUAUGGGACUGUUGGACGAGUACGAGGACGCCAAGGAGUGGGUCAGGAGUGACCUGGACCUGACCUCGAACGGCGAAGCGUCGCUCUUUGAGGUGAACAUCCGUUACGUCGGCGGGCUGCUGUCGGCGUACUAUCUCACUGGAGAGGAGCUGUUCAAGACCAAAGUGCUGGAGUUGGGCGCCAAGUUGCUCCCGGCCUUCAACACGCCGACGGGGAUCCCGCGGGGGGUCAUCAACCUGGGCAGCGGCGGCAGUUGGAGCUGGGGCUGGGCGUCGGCCGGGAGCAGCAUCCUGGCCGAGUUCGGGACCCUGCACUUGGAGUUUGUCCACCUCAGCGAGCUCUCCGGCGACCCCGUCUACAGCGAGAAGGUGAUGAACAUCCGCAAGCUGCUGAAUAAGAUUGAGAAGCCUCAAGGCCUCUACCCCAACUUCCUCAGUCCGGUCAGCGGAAACUGGGUCCAACAUCACGUGUCCAUCGGUGGGCUGGGAGACAGUUUCUACGAGUACCUCCUCAAGUCGUACCUGAUGUCGGACAAGACGGACGAGGACGCCAAGAACAUGUACUACGAUGCUCUGGAGGCCAUCGAAAGCAACCUGGUGCAGAAGUCGCCCGGCGGCCUGACCUACAUGGCCGAGUGGCGGGGGGGCAUCCUGGACCACAAGAUGGGCCACCUGGCCUGCUUCUCCGGGGGCAUGAUCGGCAUCGGCGCCGACGAGGGCGCGGCCGACAAGCGCCGGCACUACCUGGACCUGGCCGCCGAGGUCACCCGCACCUGCCACGAGAGCUACGAUCGCUCGGCCACCAAACUGGGACCGGAAGCCUUCCGCUUCGACGGCGGCGCCGAAGCCACGGCGACGCGGCUGAGCGACAGAUACUACAUCCUCAGACCCGAGGUCAUCGAGAGCUACAUGUACAUGUGGAGGCUCACCCAUGACCCCAAGUACAGGGAGUGGGGAUGGGAGGCGGUGGAGGCGCUGCAGCGGCACUGCCGAGUGGAGUCGGGCUUCUCGGGGAUCCGCGAUGUUUACACUUUGAGCGACAGCCACGACAACAUGCAGCAGAGCUUCUUCCUCUCGGAGACGCUCAAGUAUCUGUACCUGCUGUUCUCGGACGACGACCUCCUCCCCCCCGAGGACUGGGUCUUCAACACGGAGGCCCACCCGCUGCCCGUGGUGCGAAGGAGCUGCCCGCGGGACCCCUCGGCCGGCGCGCGGGUCUGAGCGCGAGGCGCCGAGGGAGGCCUUCCACUUGCUUUCCUGAAAAGGCCGCGGGGGGGCUUUUUUUCACGCCUGGAUUGUAGAUUCUGUCUUUUGCAUACCCCCCCCACCCCCCACCCCGAGUGGACAAUCAAGAGCAAACUUUUGCGGACACUUUUUUUUCCUCCGUGAGGAAAAGGAGCUCCUUACUGUCGAGGGAAAGCACUUUUCUGUUCGUCUUCUUUGGAAAAGAUUUUUGGAUUUUCUCCCGUGGCUGACCAAAGGAUUUCUCGGAGCCGUUUUCCGCAGACAAAAUUAAAGCGUUGAAAUGUCACGACGAGUCUUGAGAGCUCCAAAAUAGGCUGUUUGAUGUCAUGUUUCGAGCUGAAACUUUAUGAAAAAAAAAAGUGUCUUAUGCAUCCUGGGACUAUUGUGGGGGGGGGGGGGUGCUGGGGGGGGGGUGCAGGCACACAGCCAUUCUGGUGAUUCAUCCCAAAACCAAAUCAGUUUUCUUGUUUCUGUUCGUUUUCCGUUUUUUCUGACCAACGCUGAUUUUUGUCGGUUUUAUUAACGCUGUACAUAAGAAAAGAAAAAAAUCUUUCCCUUUUUUUUCUUUUGUGACCUUUUCUCUGUUGAUUUGCUUCCCUCAGGUGUUUCCGAUAAAAAGAAAGGAGUCAAACUAACUUUAAAAAAAAAAACAACCACAAAAGGUAUUCAGAUGCGAAGUCGACUUUUUUGCAGAAAUUUGGAUUUUUCUUCUUACGACUUGUUGGUUUUAACUUUGGUUGUUGAAUAUUUUUGAAAUACUGAUUCAGAAAAAAAAAAUAUCAAUAAAAAGCUGUGCAACUUUGUACCUUUAAAAGAAGAAA